CGCUACACUUGCUGCCACUCCAACAAAAGUCACCAACACAACUCUUCUCACUCGGUCCCUCUCUUCUUUUCCCCUCAAAAUUCAUACAUCACUCAAAAACUCCCUCAUACUCUCGGCUCUCUCUCAAUCUCACAAUUCACACAAAGAGAAAAGUAAAGAGAAGGUGAAGGAAGUGGAGAAUAUCACCGGCAGUCCGAACCAUCAUCACUACCAUCUAUUGGUUUGCCUUUUUCUACUACAAAAACAAGAUAGUCAAGUGCAUGUGAGUUCGUGAUGAUGAGUGAGUAUGGCUGCAAGUAGGUUUUGGCAAAGAGUGUUUGAAUAGAGUUCAUGAUGACAGUUGGGUAUGGAUGCCAGUAGUUUUUAGCGAAGAGGGUCUGAACAAAAAUGGAUGAUAAAGUUGUUUCUGGUGAUGGUAUGAAAAGGCGUCUGCCGCUAUGGAUGCUGGGUGAUCACGCAUUAAAUAAAUCUGAAACUGCAAGUUCGAACAGUAGGGAUGAUGAUGAUGACAAAGGAAGCAGGGCAGACGAGGAAAGAGUGACGAAGUGUCGUAGAAGGCCGAAGUGGAAGUCAUGUGAGAUAGGGAAUGAUAAUGAUGGUUUAGAGUUGGAAGAAAAGUCCACAGGUGUGCUUAGAAGAUGUCGAGUAAGAAAGCAGACUAGAAGAGAGACGAUCAGUCACGAUGUUGACAUGGACAGUGAAGUUGCAAUCAACCAGAAAAAGCGUAAAGGGAGAGCUAAGAAAAGUCUUGAGGUUGACAGUAAUACUGAUGAUUUGGAAGGUUGUGUGGAGAACAGAGAAGAUGAAGAUCUGACAAUGGAAGACCUAAUGAGCAUUGCAAAAGAGUUUGUGCAAGAUGAUGAGGUUGCUCAACCAGUUGUGUCAUUAAAACAUGAACAUAGGGACGAGGAUGCUCAUUCUCAACACAUCCAGUGUGGAAGCUCCAUUAGAGUCCCUCAAGGAAACACCAGAUCAUUUCAAGAUCGAGGAACUAGUUCUUCUAGUAUUGCAGUGGAGAAUCUGACAGGUGAAGGUCCGACCUGUAAGCCGACUAUGUCAGGAAAUCCUACACAAGACAUGUUGGAUCUGUUUUUGGGUCCUUUGCUCAAGAAAACCCAAGAACAAGAGAAGGAUGGUGUACCACUUGCAGAGGAGAUAAACUUCACCCGUGAAGUUAAAAAACAGGCAUAUAGUGUUGUGCUUGGUGAAGAAGAACCACCCGUUGUUAUGAAGAAGAAGACCAGUCUCAAGGACAAGGUAGCAAUGUUUCUUGACUGACCAGGACAUCACAUUGUAAGAACUUCUAAGCCACUAGAGUUCCUGGAAUGUCAUCUUCUCUUGACCAUAGUAUAGCUUGUGUUCAUAUUGUUAGAUGCUUUUCAGCCCCUCUCAAAUUUUUUACUGGUUUUGAGGCUGCAAUGAGUGACUUUCCGCCUUGUAUAGCUUGUGGAACUAAUAUGCAAUCCCAUCGGAAACUCAUGCAUGAACAUUGCCAUGUCCAUGGUGAAGGUGAUGCAUUCAUGUCAAUAGAUGUAUUUGUUACUGUAUAAUGGACGACUAACUUCUCUAGUUUU